UCUAUAAUCAUGUUACCGUCGCAGAAGAUGUACAGCGAGGCUACAAGCCUCGGCACCAUCACAAGCACUUCUAUGUCAAACAUGGUCAGCAUGCAGCCGACCUACAGCUCCAUGAAUUCCAUGAGCUGCAUCUCCAUGGGAAUGCCUAUGGGAGUCGGAUCGAACUGCAGCCCCCAUGGUACCGGAUCCUUCAACAUUAGCUCGAUCAACCCGGAAAUCGGAAUAGAAACAAUAGGUGCCUACGGUGGUACUGGAAUGGGUGACAAAGGUACGUGCAUAAGUGCCGUUGGCUACGGAUCUCAUGCUCCAGGAGGUAGCGGCGUUGCCACAAGAGACUUGCUUUCAUUAACUGAACCAGAUUCAUCCAGCUCGACCCUUCAGCGAACGAAAACUGACAAAUCCUACCGAAGAAGUUACACCCAUGCGAAACCGCCAUAUUCCUACAUCAGCUUAAUCACAAUGGCGGUUCAAAACGCACCUAACAAAAUGUUAACACUGUCAGAAAUCUACAAUUUCAUCAUCGACCUCUUUCCCUUCUAUAGACAAAACCAACAACGCUGGCAGAAUUCAAUCAGGCAUUCUCUCAGCUUUAACGACUGUUUCAUUAAAGUACCAAGGACUGCAGACAAACCUGGUAAGGGAUCUUUUUGGGCUCUACAUCCUGAUAGCGGCAAUAUGUUUGAGAAUGGAUGUUACCUCAGACGCCAGAAGAGGUUCAAAGACGAGAAGAAGGAACGGACGAGGCAAACUACCAAAACUCAUCCCCACAACUCUGGUGGAAAUGGACAUGGUAGUUCUCUAUCCUCUGAAUUCAAUCAUGGAAAAAAGACACCUCUACAUCACAGUCAACCCCAAGAUGACAAAGGCCUAGAUUACCUUGUUUCUUCAUAUCAAGAACAUCACUCCGCUGGUCUACAUCAACAGCACGCGAGCUUGAAAAGUGUCCCAAGCGAUAUUGGAGGUUUGCUGGGUUCAGAUCUUGGUGCAACUCAUGAUGAUCUCGCUAUCAUGGUUAGCAGGAGUUUACAUUCUCAUCUUCUGAGCGACGCUAAUAUGCUUCAUCACGGGAUGCCGGGAAGUUUAAAACAAGAAUCUCCAUAUACGGCUGCGAGUCAUCCCUUCAGUAUCACAAGGCUUUUUCCUAGUGCGACGUCUAGUGAUUUGCCAGAUUCCCAGGACACGAAACCACCAGAGCUGAAGAUGUAUGAACUUCAUCAAAGUUUUGCGAAUUAUGGCUCGCCUCAUCAUCCACCUCCAGGGUCGCCUGGGUAUCUCCAUCACAACGAAAUGCAGAGUUCGAAUCAAAAUCAAAUUCAUAACAUGAGCAGUCAUGAUCAGGACUAUUACCAGAGUACUCUUUACCAUCUUGCAAGUGUUAACAUGUCCAGUGCACCUCCACCUCCGCCGACUACUUCAGUGACGGGAUUGUAA